CAACGUUCCACCGUCCGUCCUCGGUCGUCAGCUCUCUGAAGUGCAGUCUCACUGCCGGGGUCGAGCACCUCGUGGUCGCCAAACUCGAUGGACUGGAUGUAUACUCGCUCCAACCAGAAGGCCUGAGGCAUGAAUGCAGAUGGGACAUACUUGGGAAUGUUCUGACCGUGAAAGCUCUUCCCGUAUCGGAGACUGGACCGUGCUGCUCAAACUUGAUCGUCAUGCUCGACCAUCCAGAGGCCGAGCUCAUCUUCCUUGAAUUCAAGCGAUCCCAGGACUCGCGCUACUCCCUCGUCAUCAGUAAACGCGUUGAGCUUGUGCAACGGAAUGUCAAUCAGCGGCCGGCGGAGUUCUUCAACGAUCUCAUCGUCCACCCACACGGCAGAAUAGCCAUCGCCAGCUGCUUCUCGGGAAAAAUCAAGGUAGUUCGGCUCAAUGGCGGACACUAUCUCUCGGAUAUGGAUGUUUCCAUCGAAGAGCACACGAUCCUCUCCAUCGAAUUUCUCCCAUCUCCAGACGAGUAUCUUCUCGGGUUCAUGUACAUCGAUCACUCCCGUGCAGUACGACUAGAUGCGCGAACGUACACUGAGACGGACGACUUUGAGCCCUCGACGGCCCUGCGCUCCACAACCAUCUCAUCCAAAAUCGUCCCUUACCCCGAUGUCUCUCAUCCUUGGCUGGUUGCUGUUCCAUCUCCAAGCAACGCCGACUCCGAUGACCAGGACCUCUCCGAGCCGUUUGUCGGAGGCGUCCUGGUGUUGA